AUGCCAGAUAACGACACGCAAGUGGCCACUCCGCCCAUUACUCGUCUGUUUCCGAGAGAAUACGUGCCGGAUCACUUCAUCAUCAUCGCUGCUUUGGCAGUUGUUGCUCUGGCUUCUGACAAGCCAUACUACUCCAGGCCAUCGUACUAUCCAAAACCAUCGUAUUCACCUGUGAGUUACUACCGUAAACCGAACUAUCGAGCACCGGGGUACAAGAGACCGGCCUAUACACCAACCAAUGCGAAAUUGAACGACCCUCCGGCCAAACCGUACAGCUUUGAAUGGGCCGUUUUGGACGAUUCGACUUUCAACGAUUUUGGACACAAGGAGACUAGAAACGGCAAUGGAGUUGAUGGAACCUAUUACGUCGUGCUACCUGACAGUCGCACUCAGAUCGUCACGUACAAGGCAGAUAGUGACGGCUACGUCGCUAACGUCAAAUACGAAGGAGAGGCCAAACGUCCCAUGAUUACAAACGCACCAAGUCAGCCAACCCAAAGCCCAAAAAUGCUUCCCCCCCGGCCAAGCCUAAAUCUUCCUACACUCCUCCACGGCCUACCGGGGCCCUCUUACCCUAAGCCUACCUUUACGCCACCAGUUUACCCUAAAGCUUCCUACCCAGAGAAAUCUUACCCCAAGACUGUCUACGCUCCACCGACUUACCCGAAAGCGACUGAUGCGGAGAAAUCUUACCCCAAGCCUACUUACCCUCCAUCGACUCACCCUAAAGCUUUCCAUCCAGAACCUUCCUACCCUAAGUCUACCUAUGCGCCACCAGCUUACCCUAAAGCUGCAUACCCAGAACCAUCUCACUCCAAACCGAUUUACGCCCCACCAGUCUACCCUAGACCUUCCUACACGCCCCCAGCCUAUCCGAAAGCUUCCUACCUAGACCCAUCUUACCCAAAGCCUACCUAUGCUCCGCCGACUUACCCUAAAGCGGCCAUUCCAGAGAAAUCUUACCCUAAGUCUACUUACGCUCCACCCGUUUAUCCUAAACAUUCCUACCCUAAGCCUUCUUAUCCUGCCUACCCCGUUCCAGCUUACCCUGCGUACCCUCUUCCUUCUUACCCCUUGUAUCCGAAGCCAAGCUACCCUGUUCCAGCCAUCAUUGAAGUGGAAAUUGAAGCUGUCGUAGAAGUUGAACAGCAGGCUGAUGUGCUCGUUUUGGCUGAACCCACUCCUGAAACCACGGUUGCGGCUGUUGAACCGGUUGUUGAAGACGCUGCUCCGGUAGCUGUCGAACUUGUUGCUGAAGACAUUGCGUCAGUGGCCGCCCAACCGGUUGCUGAAGGCAUUACGUCAAUAGCGGUGAAACCGGUUGCUGAAAUCAUUACGUUAGCAGUUGCAGAACCUGUUGCUGAAGCCAUCGCCCCAGUAGCCACCGAACCUGUUGCUGAAGAUGUUGUCCCAGUAGCUACCGAACCGGUUACUGAAGGCAUUAUCCCAGUAACAAUCGAACCUGUUACUGAAAACAUUGCCCCAGUAACUACCGGGCCGGUUGCUGAAGACGUUGCCUCAGUAACUGCCGAACCGGUUGCUGAAAACAUUGGGUCAGUAACUGCUGAUCCUGUUACUGAAGAUAUUGUGGCAACAACCACCGACCAGGUUAUCACUGAUGCCAUGGCCACUGAGGUAGCAGUUGCUGCUGUUGAGACAACAACCGAAACAGACGUUGUUACAACCGGUGCUGCUGUUGAAAUCCUUUAAAUUAUAUGAAUGUAAAUUAUAUGAAUGCAGAUCUUUAAUGUACGCCAACAGCCGUGCACUCACAGUUUAUUUAUAAAGAUAAUUAGUUUUUCUAAUUUUUAUUUAAAUUAUGCCAACCACCGUGUUGUCAAUACAAUUAAAUUAUCUAUAA